AUGCGCGCCAAACGCAGCAAGAAAUACCGCAAGAUAAUGCAAUCCUACCAACUAGCCUUCGGAUUCCGCGAACCCUACCAAGUCCUCCUCGACUCAAACUUCCUCCGCACAGCCCACGCCUUCCACAUGCCUCUCCAAAAAUACCUCGAGAACACCCUCCACGGUGAAUGCCGGCUCUUCGUGACGAAAUGCUCACUAGCAAAAGUCAUGGCGGACUUUGAAAAAGACCCCAAUAAACAUCCGCGACAGAAGAGGCCGGGUUUCUUACCGCCGCCGACAGAAGUGCCGCUGCGGCAUUGUAAGCACAAAAACGAGGCGGGCGAGGAGGUAGUGUUCGACGAGGCGAGAUGUCUUUUGGACCUAUUGGCGGGACAGCCUCACGGGAAUGAACAGGCGAAGAAUAAGCAGCAUUAUAUCCUGGCGAGUGCGGAUGCUGAAGACAAUGAACGAAGGAGGAGAGGCUAUAUUGAUGUCAGAGAGCGGGCGAGGACGAUUUCUGGUGUGCCGAUUGUGUAUGUUAAGAGGAGUGUGAUGAUCCUAGAGGAGUUCAGCGGGGCAAGUGAGGGUGUGAGACGGAGGGGCGAGAAAGAGAAGUUCAGCGAGGGCUUGAUAGGGUUGGAUCGAAAGAGGAAGAGAGGAGAUAGGGAGGGUGAUAGUGAAGAUGAGGAUUUAGCGCUGGAGGAUGGGAAUACAGGACCGAAAGUCAGGGGUGCGGUGAGAGCGAAGGGUCCUAAUCCGCUGAGUGUGAGAAAGAAGAAAGUAAAGACUACGCAGGAUGGACAGCAAGAUGGAAAGGAAGGGGAACAGGCCAAGCGCAAGAGAAGGAGGCGCGGGAAGAAUACUGGCGAGAGUGUUCAAGCGGAUGGAGCUGCUGCCGUCGACUAA